CACCAUAGUUGAAUUCAAAAGAAGGCAUCAAUCACUGGGUCAAGGCACAAAAGACCACGUCAACUAAUCAUGCAUCGCCACAACCGAGGCAGGGGACUAGGCCUCUCUGGCUGGACCCAUGUUGAAUAUUUCGUCAAAAGAUGGUUAAUUCCAAAGAACCCAGCACUAAUUUCCAAACACUCAAAAGCCUUAGAUAGGUGACCAAACUCCAUCUAAUGAACCCUCUGCAAGGUUCCUCGACAGUUUUUCAACCUCUUGCAUGCCCCUCAAAUCCUCAAAAUAAAACCCCAUAUGCAUUCACACGGUAGUUUCUGUACAAGUCAACUAAAGUACACAGCUUAAAACCUUCCACCCAACUCACCCCUGAAAGCAAUUAUAAUAAGCAAUUUCCGCCUAAAAGAUUAAUGGUGGGCAAAAAUAUUAUCGAAGCACCAUGAAUUUAAUCUUGCAUGCACCCUAUUGGCUGAUCACACCAAGCAACAGAUUUGAAGUAAGCCUGGAUAAGCUUUUACCCAAACAAGAAAACUCAAGAAAUUUCUAAAUUUGUUUUCAGGAAGCAAUAGUAACCAGAAACUAAAUUCUCAGGAGCUGCAAAAAGGAUGAGAGCCUCCCAAUCAAUUGAAUCAAUCAGAGAAAGAAAGAAAACAAUUGCUAUGCCUCCUCGAAGAUCUCAAAUCAACCAGUUUUUUAAAAAUUAAAAAAAAAUAUAUUGAAAAACGGGCAACAAUGGCCAAGCAUUUGAUUCACAUACCAUCUCAUUCCUCGGUGGCACUCUGUAGGCCUCCGUCUUCGUCGAGUUCUUCUUUCCCUUAAUCACCAAACCGGAAUCAACAAAAGAAGAAAUAACACACGAGGGAUCCAAAACCCUAGAUCACGAUCUCCGCAACGGAAACUUCAACCCAAGGCCUCUACUAUGGACCUAACAGCCCACAUUCUCUGAAAACGCGGUAAAAUAGAAGGCCGCGAGCCAAGCCGGGAGAUCUGACCGCUCUUCCAGCCGGAAACUGCGAAUCCGACAAACCUCAAUCCCCGGAAUCUUCGAAUUCUCACCGAACGAACGACGAGCGGAAGCUUCUUGAAGCGAUGAAACAGGCGUCGGGGCCGACGGGGAGAAACGAGCGGUUUCCCGGCGAGCGCUGAGGGGUUUCCCGGCGGAGGGAGCAGAGACGAAAAAAAGUAACGGAGACGAAAAAGGAACAGAGAGAGAAAGAAACCGAAUGGCUUAGAAAACCGGAAAAAAGAUGUACCGAGAGGAUAAUUUAUAGGUUUUAUAUUGGUACGAAAUAUUUACCAACUGCUUUUUUUCCCUUUUCUUUUGUCCCUUUCCUUCUCGACUUCGGAAAUUCUUUUUAAUUAAUUAAAAAAAAAGUUGCCAGUCCCAACUACUUGUGGAGUCUCUAAUUGAAGGUAUUAUUACGGUUUUCUGCUCAGGAAGGUUGUCAUUUGUCAACCACCCGCGGGUGAUCCACUUUUGAUUCUGAUCUGGUGAGAAAAAUGGAUCACACAUACUUGUUGGGUCGAUCGCUGCAAGGUAACACGUUGGAGGUCAAAUUAUAUUGUUUUUUUUUUCUUUGGUUUGCGAAAUGUGCCUAUUUUUUAGGUUUUCUUUUUUGCGUAACCCAAUCUUUUUAAUUCUAUGUUGGAAAUUUGAAUAUUGAUGUUACAUAGGGAUGACAACAAAAUCCGAACCCAUGGGUACCCACCCGACCCAACCCGGUCAACGCAGGUAAAAUUUGUGUUGACGGGUUUUGGACCGGGUUUGGGUUUAAACCUGUUCACUAUUCACCGGGUUGGGUUGGGUUUGGGUUUAGGUAAACCCGACCCAUGGGUACCCGCUCACACCCAUAUAGUUAAUUUUCUCGGUAUAUUUAAUAUUCUAAACAAUAAUCUUAUUUAUGUUUGUGGAGGCAUGUCUAAUUUUUUCUUUCAAAUUGUGUAGAAUGAAGUUGAUGUUAUCGAGUGGAGAGUGAAGAAACUUAAUUGAAAGGAAGAAGCUUUCAAUUAAUAAUGUUAUUUAUGGAUAAUUUGUGAUUUGCUUCAAUUUUCUUGAGUUUUCUAGAUUGGUGUUGAACAAUUUAUAUAGUUAAUUUGUGAUUUGCUUGAAUUUUCUAGAAUGGUGUUUUAUAUAUGGAUAAUUUGUAUUGAGAGAUUGAUAUUUGACUUUAAUUUUGAUAGGAACUUGUUAUUGUAAAUUUUUUACGACAAAAACCCGUGGGUACCCAUGAACCCACGGAUACCCAGCGGGUUGGGUUGGGUUUUAGGUUUUUUUCACGGAUAAACCCAUGGGUUUGGGUUUGGAAAAACCCGACCCAUUGUCAUCCCUAAUGUUAUAUGAGUGUUUGAAUUUUCACUAUAAGUUGGAUCCAGGCACGUCAAGUUAUUUUGGUUUAAUGUUAUAUGUUAUUAUUCAUAAGUUUGAUAAAAUUUGAUAUAAUUUAUAAAUGUAUGAACAAAAUAAUGACUUUUCAUAUAUCCGGACUAAAGCGGUCGGCCCAUUAACCCUCAACCCAUUUGAUUGACCUCGCCAAUUGGCUAAAUCGGGUUAACAACCUUGCUGCUCAGCAAAGAAUCGUGCAUCUCUACAAUGGAUUUCAUGAGUUUAAUUUUCUUAAUUUCAUAUUUCGUAUAAAUAAAAAAGCUACAUAUGUCAUUAUAGUUAUUUAUUUUUUAUUGAAUAAAUAUCAAUGUUGAGAUUUGAGCCUAUGUCUCUUCAAGUAAAGACAAAAAUUAUAAUCACUUACACUAAACAAAUUCAUUUGAUCUUCCGAAAUUAAAACAUACAUUAAGCCAAAAUCUAAAAAUAAGAGGGCUCUUCCAUCACGGUUAGUUAGCCCACUAAGUCUUCUUUAUUAGUAUUCUUUGAUGUUUGGUACUUUGAUUUUCAUAUUUUUAUUAUUUUUAUUCAAGUUUGAUAAUUAAUUUAAUCUAUGUCUAUCUUGUAAAUGAUGGAUAAAUCGCGACCCAAAUAUUAUUUAUUGAUAUUUCAUAUCAUAUAGCAUUAUUAAAUAUCAAUAUUAUAUGUAGACUUUUCAAAUUAGUAUCAAUUUUUAAAACUAUUAUGAAGCAACGAUAUUUUAUGCAAGCUAUAAACAACGGUUCUCUUAAGUUUUUAGUUCUGUUACUCUCUAAUUGUCAAAUCUCUUGCUAAUAUGCCAUGAUUGUACUCAACAAUCAUGAGACGAGGAGCUGAUAUACUGGUUAACUUCACCAAUUUUCAGUGUGUUACUCAAUUUGUAGGACCAGGACAAAUAACUCAAUAAAGAUAAAUCGGAAAGCGGAGAUUACUAGGAAAACGGAGAUUAAUUAAAAAAAAAGGGAUGAGAGGAGCUCUCUCCUCUCUCCUCGUUUUCUGCCUCCGUUCGGGGCAAUUUCUUCUGGCGUGCCUAUCGGCGAUGCUGAAUGUGGUUAUUGCGAACCAGGCGAAGGAUGAUACUUUAAAGGAGACUCAGGCGGUGGAGGGGAAGCUCAGAACCCCAAAAAAUACACCAGGCCGGACGGCGAUUUUGCGUGUCUCGGGAGGAAAACGCUCCCGUCCCCUUCAGACCGGCGAGUCGGUGACGGAUUUUGACUGCUCUAAAACACAACACCUAACAAAGGCCAAGUGUAACCAAUGAAAGGGACUGCAGUAUAGUGGCUCAAGUGAUAAAUAUCGAAUCCACGGGUCUCUAGAGUUACUAUUACUCAGCUUCAGUUUAUUAUUUAGCAAAUCAGAUUAAGAUGAAAGAACUAAAACUACUCUAGCAAACUACAGUUAAAGUUAAUCUAAUUACAGGUUGGGAACUCACUUAGGUAUGAUUCCCCCUAGCCACUAGCCAGAUUAAUGAUUGAUGAUCUCUAACCUGUUUCACUUUCAUUCACAAUGCGGAGAAUCCUUGACUAGACCUUGAGUCUCGACUAAAGGAACAAGGCCCUCUUGAGUCAAUUGCCUAGAGGGACGUAUCCUUCUCUAGAACAACUGAUCAAGGCGUUCUGAACUAGACUCCCUCUAUCGAAAGAGGUUCUCAAUCGAUACAAAGCAGUGAAUCAACCCUUGACUAAAGCAAUCGAUCCACUACUAUCAAUCUAUGGUGCUCUAUUGACCUAAUCAGGUAUUCCCUCUCAUAGGAUCAAAGCGGAAUCAAUAAUCUCGACUAAAGCAGAAUUGAAUCAUGAAAACAUGCAUAGAUUGAAUAUGAACUCAAGAUUAUCAAGUCAGAGUACUCAUACAAUCAUCCAAUCAAACAAACAUAGCUAGGGUUCCUCAAAACCUAAGUGAAGGGAAGUUACUCCAUAGAGAAGAGAGAGACUGCAGUAAGAAUCUUCAGAUGAUCAGUCUUCAAGUCCGGGCUUGUUCCUCGAGCUUCCAAGGCGAAGAAAUCCUCCAACUCCACUCCAAGAAUGCCCUCAAAUCGCCCUCUCUCUCUUUGGUUCGUCCCUUGGGUGUUUGGGAUCCAAAACCCAGCUCUCCUCCUCUCCUUUGGCUGAAAAUCGGGUUUUAAGCAGAAAAUCCCGACUCACACGGCCAGGGUGGCACGGCCGUGUGGCUUACCCAGUUGCCCGUGUGAGUCAAAACGCUGCGUUCCAAUUAGUUCGAAUUCCAGGCUCUUUGCACGGCCAGAGUGGCACGGCCGUGUGAACUUCCUCUUUGCCCGUGUUUGCUCACGCAGAAUUCCACACGGCCGUGUGGAUGUCCUGCUCUGCCCGUGUUUGCUCUCGGCGAAACUCGCACGGCCAGACUACUACUUCACACGGCCGUGUGAUCAUCAGGGCAGCCCGUGUGACCUCCUUUGUGACUUGUCUCGCGCCCGAUCUUCGCCCAAUCGACCCCGAACUCUCUCCUAAACCUUCAUUGACUUGCCAGGACCUGAAAUAUCACAAACAAGCACAACCUAGCGUGAAAUCGGUCUAAAACACGAGAAACCACAUCUCAAACGGUGUAAGAACAGGGGUGAAAACAUGUGUAACUAACGGUCUAUCAGAUUUCUCUGCCCCGAAAAGGCGGCGGCUCCCUAAUGUUUCUGUUUGGAAGUUUCGUUUGCCUUUUCCGAGUGAAAUGAUAGAGGAAAGUUCUAAUUGUGAUGGUGAUUCUGAAGUAAGGGAGGUCACAGGUGGAUGUGCCUCACCGGAUAAUACUGUUGCUCCCAUGGUGAGAAAUAUCACGAGGAGAGGAGCGGUGGUCAAUAUGGUUAGUUCAAAAGAGAGCAAGCUUAGACCCCGAAAUGGGGCGAGUUCUCUCCAACAGGUGCCUGGGAUUUUUCGACCCAUGGCAGACGUUCUUAGCCGGCCGGUGGCCAGGCCGCAACCGUCGGGACUCCAGUCUCCGCCGCUCUUGCGUACGAGGAAGGGAGUCUUGGUGGGUCAACAAAAUUCAAAAAUAUUCCCUGAUAGCAAGGAACCCUGCCUUGGCUGCGGAAUACUCUCUCUCCAUAUCACUAACCGAAUAAAGAUUGAGAGAUAUC